AUGGCGCAGUGGCGGCGAUUCAACUUCUUUGACCGCGACCUCCUCAAGGACGGCAAUGGCAACUGGCUGCGGGGCGUCGACGUGACGUGCAUGAGCGGCAACCGCGGUCUCUUGAUCGUCGGCGACGCCCAAGGCCAGAUCCACAUGGCCAACCGCCAGCUCGAGACGCGUGCGUUCCGCGCCCACGACCACUUUGUCUCGCACGUCGUCAUGAUGAAAAAGACCAACGUCUUGGUCUCGAUCGGCGACGGCAAGGAUCCGCGCGACCCCGACUUGAUCCAGUCGUCCAAAGCCGUCGCAGAGGCCAACCGCACGCAGGCGCAGACAGACGAGCAACAAAUGUACACGUCGACGGGCAGCGUCCAGAACAGCACGGCGCUCGUCAAGAUGUGGCGCACGGACCAGCAGGAUCGCGAAGGCAAACCCAAGCUCAUUUUGCAGCUCAAGAUCUUUGCCAAGUUUCCCGAGGAAGCCGUCACGGCCUUUGCCGUCUCGGAAGACGCGUCGCAGAUCGCCGUAGGCCUGAGCAAUGGCGCCAUCAUCUUGUUCCGGAGCGAAAUGAAGCGUCGUGCGCCGGGCAUGUCGGGUGGUGGCCCGCCAUUGCUGUUGCAGUCGGCCAUCAACUCGCCUGUGACGAACCUGAGCUUUGCCAUGAAACCCAAGCCCGCGGCCGGCCCGGGCAAGACGUCGACAGAGAACGCGCUCUACUUGUACGCGGCCACGAAGCGCGGUCUCACGUGCUACCACUGCGACGACGUCAAGUCCAAGAACAGCCUCAUGCCCCGAUCCGUCGUGCUCGACGAGCGCGGCGUCGCGCUGCACUGCGGCUGCGUCAACGACGACGGCGACAUGUGCAUGGGCCAGACGGACGCCGUGUACUUUUACACGCCCGAGGACCGCACUGGGUGCUUUGGUUUCGAAGGCGACAAAAAGUACCUUGGGUUCUUCAAGCACUAUUUGCUUGUCGCGCACGCCGAUUCGCGCGGUCGCAACCAGCUCAACAUUUACGAUCUCCAAAACAAGUGCAUUGCGUUCAACUGGAUCCUCACCAACACGGCCAAGGCGCUGCCGGGCGCGUCGUCCCGGAACGUGGUCGCUACGCGCUUUGGGUACGAAGAAGUCGAAGAGAUUCGGCACGUUGUGAGCGAAUUUGGCGCCGUCUUUGUCGUCACGUCGUUUGGCUCGGUCUACCGGUUGAGCGAGAAGGACACGGCGUCCAAGCUCAGCAUUCUCUUUGACAAGAACCUGUACCCGAUCGCGAUUUCGCUUGCGUUUAGCUCGAAUUACGACCUCUCGAGCAUCAUGGACAUCUUCCGCAUGUAUGGCGACUUCCUCUACAACAAGGGCGACUACGACGGCAGCUUGCGCCAGUAUGCGCGCACGAUCGGACACGUCGAGCCGUCGUACGUGAUUCGCCGCUUCUUGGACGCGCAGCGCAUCCACAACCUCACGACGUACCUCGAGACGCUGCACACCAAGGCCUUUGCGACCGCCGAACACACGACGCUCCUCCUCAACUGCUACACCAAGCUCAAGGACGUCAAGAAGCUCGAUGCGUUCCUGCUCAUUGACGACGAUGGCAGCAACGCCAAGGAAGGCACGCCGCAAGCGCUCACGUUCGACGUCGAGACGGCGCUGACGGUCUUGCGUGAAAACUACCCGCAGCACGCGCUCGCGCUCGCGAGAAAGCACGCCGAGCACUCGUGGUACCUCAAGAUCCAACUCGACCGCAUCUCGGAUACCCUCAGCGACGCCGAGCACGCCCGUGUCGCCGAUGCCCUCGACUACAUUCGCGGACUGUCGUUUGCCGAGGCCGAUAUGAAUCUGCGCAAAUAUGGCCGCACGCUUGUGACGCAUCUCCCGGGCCCGACGACAGAGCUUCUCCAGCAGCUGUGCACGGGUCGCUUCUCGGCUACGACCAACGCCAAGUCGGACCCUGGUGACUUUUUGCACCUCUUUGUGUCGCACCGCACGCAACUUCGCGAGUUUCUCGAGUACAUUGUCCAAGUCGAAAGCGUCAGCAACACGUCGAUUGGCAACACGCUGCUCGAGAUGGUCCUCAACGACACGCACAAGCGCGACGUGCCCAAGGACGACGACAGCGAAGAGCCGGAAGUGCACGAAGCGCCGUCGCCCGUGACGACCGAAGCCGCGGUCCUCUCGCUCCUCGACAACCCGCGCGUCAAGUACGACGAAGACCACGCGCUCAUUUUGAUGCAGAUGCACGGGCUCAAGCAGGGCAAGCGGUAUCUGUACCAGAAGCUGCACAUGUACCACAUGCUCCUGCAGCACCACAUGGAAGAGGGCGAAGACGCGGCUGUGCUCGAGCUCGUCAAGCAGCAAACCGACAGCAAUCUCUGGCUGCUGGCGCUGCGGUACUUUGCCGAGCGCGGACCGUAUCCCAAAGGCUCGUCGGUGCGCUCGACGGACGAGUGGAGCGAGCUCAAGCAGCUGCUCGCGCUCGUGGACGUGACGCCGACGUUGCAGAUUCCGCCGCUUCAAGUGGUGUCGAUCUUGAGCCAAUCGCGCGAGAUGCCGCUCUCGGUCGUGCGGCCGUACGUCGUGAGCCAGCUCAAGAAGGACCAGGCGCACAUUGACGCCGACAGCGACGAGAUCAAAAAGUACAAGCAAGACACGGCCAAGAUGCGCACGCAAAUGGCCGGUCUCUCGUCCAAGGCGAUGGUCUUCCAAGCCACCAAGUGCGACCUCUGCAGCCACGACUUGGAUCUACCUGUGGUGCAUUUCAUGUGCGGCCACUCGUUCCACCAAAAUUGCAUUUCCGAGACGGAGCGCGAGUGUAUCACGUGUGCGCCCGAGCACCGCCACUUGUUGAGCUUGAAGCAGUCGCUCGAAGUCAAGGCUGGCAACCACGAGCAGUUUUUCAACCAACUCGAGACGGCGGCCGACGGCUUCAACACGAUUGCAGAGUACUUUGGAAAAGGCAUCUUCAAGUCGGAGGCGGCCGUGGACCGCCGCCCGAGCGGCGUGCCUCGCUUCAGCAACGAGCUCUAA